AUGGGCAGCACCGCUGGCACGCUGGGCGACAAGCUCACGCGCUCCCAAGUUGGCGUGCACGCCGAUGCUGAGGCGGGUCUCGUCGACUUCUUGCGCGAGGCCAACGCGGCGCUGAGCUCGACUUCGCAUGCGACCUCGAACCCGGUGCCGCAGACGCUGAAGCGCAAGUCGAUCAAGACGCGGCUCGUGGACCACCUGUCACCUACGAAGAAGGAACCAGGCUUACCGUUGUAUGACACCCGCAGGCCACCAUCGCCCGUGGCUCGAUCCUAUCAGCCCUCGAUGUCCUCCUUACCACUCUCUAGGGCGCCUUCAGUGCUCGACACUGCGCCGAACAUGCCUCCUCCCGGCGAGGACUCCCCCUCCUACGUACCUUACCGACGCCCAUACUCCCCCGACCGUGUCCCCGGUCGCCCGUACUCACCCACACGCACAUCGGCAGACUACGCUCGCCCGCCAGCGUCGUCCAACAUGUACGAACCGCCAGAUCUCAAUGGCAGUCCACGACCGGGCACGCCGUCCUCAAGAUACGGCGGCGAGCGACCAGGCAGCCCUAAGCGGCCGCUGCCUCCAGCACCACUCUUCGCCGGUGGCAGGCCCAUCUCGCGCGACUCUAAUGCAACCCUGGACAUGAGCUCGAUACCCAUCGACCAUGAUGAUCCAUUCACCGAGUACGGCGACGACCGCCCGGAGCUGAACUCAAGAGACUCGUACAUGACCGAGGAGACCAUCACAGACGACUACACAGACAUGGACGAGAAGAUGGACCACUACGGCCCGGCGCCUGAGACCGCACAGCCGAGACGCGGAGCCCGAGACGCUGUCAUGACGACGAAAGAAGUCCGUCUUAUCAACGGUGAGCUCAUUCUAGAGUGUAAGAUCCCGACCAUCUUGUACAGUUUUCUGCCGCGGCGCGACGACAUUGAGUUCACGCACAUGCGGUACACGGCUGUGACUUGCGACCCCGACGACUUUGUGGAUAGAGGGUACAAGCUGCGACAGAACAUUGGUGCCCCCCGUGAGACGGAGCUCUUCAUUUGUGUCACCAUGUACAACGAGAACGAAAUCGACUUCACCCGGACGAUGCAUGGAGUCAUGCGCAACAUCAGCCAUUUCUGCUCUCGAACAAAGUCACGUACUUGGGGCAAGGAUGGGUGGCAAAAGAUUGUUGUCUGCAUCAUCUCAGAUGGUCGUCAGAAGGUGCACCCGCGGACACUGGACGCUCUCGCUGCCAUGGGCUGCUUCCAGAAGGGCAUCGCCAAAAACCACGUCAAUCAGCGCGAGGUCACUGCGCACGUCUACGAGUACACAACCCAGGUCUCUCUAGACUCCGAUCUUAAGUUUAAGGGAGCUGAGAAAGGCAUUGUUCCUGUACAAAUGAUCUUUUGCAUGAAGGAGCGCAACCAGAAGAAACUCAACUCGCAUCGAUGGUUCUUCAAUGCUUUCGGACGAGCCCUCAACCCUAAUGUCUGCAUUCUGCUUGACGUUGGAACGAAGCCUGGACCAAAGGCAUUGUACCAUCUCUGGAAGACAUUCGACAACGACUCCUCGGUUGCCGGUGCUGCCGGCGAAAUUAAAGCAGGUAAAGGGAAAGGUUGGCUCGGUCUGCUCAAUCCUUUGGUCGCUUCGCAAAAUUUCGAGUACAAGAUGUCCAAUAUUCUAGACAAACCGCUCGAAUCCGUCUUUGGAUACAUCACUGUCUUGCCAGGUGCGUUAUCGGCGUAUCGGUACAUCGCCCUGCAAAAUGACCAUACCGGCCACGGUCCAUUAAGUCAGUACUUCAAGGGUGAAACAUUGCAUGGUCAAGAUGCAGAUGUCUUUACUGCGAACAUGUACCUCGCCGAAGAUCGUAUCCUAUGUUGGGAGUUGGUGGCAAAGCGGAGCGAGCAGUGGGUCUUGAAAUAUGUCAAGGCAGCCACUGGCGAGACCGAUGUGCCUGAUACUGUGCCCGAGUUCAUCUCACAGCGUCGUCGUUGGCUCAACGGUGCCUUCUUCGCUGCUGUCUACUCAUUACUCCACUUCAAGCAAGUCUGGGCGACAGACCAUACUAUUUGGCGCAAGAUCCUGCUUCACAUCGAAUUCGUGUACCAAUUCGUUCAGCUCAUGUUCACCUUCUUCUCUCUGGCCAACUUCUACCUCACUUUCUUCUUCAUCGCUGGAUCGCUCAGCGAUAAGAAUUACGAUCCUUUUGGUCAUAACAUCGCAAAGUACAUCUUCGUCUUUCUACGGUACACGUGUGUGCUCCUGAUCUGCAUGCAAUUCAUCCUUUCCAUGGGCAAUCGUCCGCAAGGAGCCAGGAAGAUGUUCUUGUGGAGUAUGGUCGCAUACUGUGUCAUCAUGGCGUACACCACAUUCGCCUCCAUCCUCAUCGUCGUCAAGCAGCUGCGAGAUCCGAAACAACCAAAGACACUCGGCAACAACGUCUUCACCAAUCUGAUCAUCUCAACCGCAACAACCGUCGGCCUGUACUUCUUCAUGUCUUUUAUGUACCUGGAUCCCUGGCACAUGUUCACCUCUUCAGCGCAGUACUUCGCCCUUCUCCCCAGCUACAUCUGCACACUCCAAGUCUACGCCUUCUGCAACACCCACGACAUCACCUGGGGCACAAAAGGUGACAACGUGGCCAAAACGGACCUGGGCGACGCCAAAGCCAAGAAGGGCAACGUCGUCGAGCUCGAGAUGCCUUCCGAACAACUCGAUAUUGACUCUGGCUACGACGAGGCUCUCCGCAACCUGCGCGACCGCAUCGAAGUCCCCGAGAAAGGGCUCGACGAGGCCCAAGCCCAGGAAGACUACUACCGUGCCGUGCGCACAUACAUGGUCGUUGUGUGGCUCAUAUCGAACGCGAUCCUCGCGAUGGCCGUGUCCGAGGCGUACGGCGGGCAGCACAUCAGCUCCAACUUCUACCUCAAGUUCAUCUUGUGGGCGGUCGCGGGGCUCGCCUUCUUCCGCGCGGUCGGGUCGACGAGCUUCCUCAUCAUCAACAGCAUCCAUUCCAUCAUGGAGACGAAGCUCAAGUGGGAAGACAAGAUGGAGAGCAAGUCCGCUUUGAGCAGCGGGAAGAAGCGGUUUGGCAAGGGCUGGGGGAAUGGCGGCGGGAGUUGGUGGAGUGGCAGCCAGAUUAGCAGCAAGGUUAGUAGUUGGGCGCCGAGCUCGUGGGGUGGGAGCAGCCUGGGGAAGUGA